UGGUGCGGUGUAUGCGGAGAACAAUCAUGGCGGCCUCAGAGGACCACCCGCUGCCAUGACAACCGAUCGGCACUUCACAAUUGCAUUGUGGGAAGGGGGGAGACGGUCAAAUAGACUGGGAUGCGGAGUCCCAUUACUGUCAAUGUGAUUCCGCUGCAUAGCGCACACAACGGAAUUUCCCGACCUGCACGCUGUGGCCCCACGUUAUAGAACGGGAGCGGACUCAGGGCGUACAGGUCCUUCAUCCACCACUUUCUCUCCACCUGUGAGCCCCGCCCCCUCACGUGACAUCACCACAGGUCCUUCAUCCACCCCGUCCUCUCUCCCGCUGCCCCCAGGAUGUCCCCGGACAGGACUGAUGUGACUACAGGACUAUUACACAUCACCCUGGAGAUCAUCCGCCUGCUGACCGGAGAGGAUUAUACCAUAGUGAGGAAGACAUCGGGGGAGUCCGGAGGAUGGAGCAGGGGCCCGAACCCCGUCACAGACCCUCCACCUCACUCCAUGAUACAUGAGAGGAACAACAAGAAGAUCCUAGAACUCACCAACAAGAUGAUGGAGCUGCUGAUUAGAGAGGUUCCUAUAAGGUGUCAGGAUGUGGCGGUCUAUUUCUCCAUGGAGGAGUGGGAGUAUGUAGAAGGACACAAGGAUCUGUACCAGGACAUUAUGGAGGACCCCCGGCCCCUCACAUCACCAGAAAUCACCAGUAAGAAUUCUGAGGGAAACGUCGUAUUAUUGAGCUACAAAACAGAUGAAGACACCGCACAGGACUCCACAGGAGGAAAUCUUAUUCACCAUUAUACAGAUCCAUCACAUGAUCCCAGUACAGAUCCAUCACAUGAUCCCAGUACAGAUCCAUCACAUGAUCCCAGGACAGAUCCUUCACAUGAUCCCAAGACAGAUCCUUCACAUGAUCCCAGGACAGAUCCAUCGCAUGAUCCCAGGACAGAUCCAUCGCAUGAUCCCAGGACAGAUCUAUCGCAUGAUCCCAGGACAGAUCCAUCACAUGAUCCCAGGACAGAUCCGUCACAUGAUCCCAGUACAGAUCCGUCACAUGAUCCCAGUACAGAUCCGUCGCAUGAUCCCAGGACAGAUCCGUCGCAUGAUCCCAGGACAGAUCCGUCGCAUGAUCCCAGGACAGAUCCAUCGCAUGAUCCCAGGACAGAUCCAUCGCAUGAUCCCAGUACAGAUCCAUCGCAUGAUCCCAGUACAGAUCCAUCGCAUGAUCCCAGUACAGAUCCAUCGCAUGAUCCCAGUACAGAUCCAUCGCAUGAUCCCAGGAGAGAUCCAUCACAUGACCCCUCUAAUCAUGAGGAACCUUCUACUGACCAAUCACAGAUUGUUACCACAAGGACAGAUCAGAAACAGGGUAAAGGGUUUCAAUGUGGUGAAUGUGGAAAACAGUUUACAAAAAGUUCAGAUCUUUUUAUACAUAGUAGAAGUCACACAGGAGAGAAGCAAUAUUCAUGUUCUGAAUGUGGGAAAAGUUUUGCACGAAAACCAGAUCUCCUUAGACAUCAGAAAAUUCACACAACAGAGAAGCCGUAUGUGUGUACAGAAUGUGGGAAAGGUUUUGUACAAAAAUCAAAUCUUGUUAAACAUUGGAUAUGUCACACGGGGGAGAAGCCAUAUUUAUGUUCAGAAUGUGGGAAAUGCUUUCCAUAUAAAUCAAGUCUUUGUUCACAUCAGAGAAUUCACACAGGGAAAAAGCCAUAUUCAUGUUCUGAAUGUGGGAAAAGUUUUGCACGAAAAGCAGAUCUUCUUAGACAUCAGAAAAUUCACACAGGAGAGAAGCCAUAUGUGUGUUCAGAAUGUGGGAAAAGUUUUGUACAAAAAUCAAGCCUUGUUGAACAUCAGAGAAGUCACACAGGGGAGAAGCCAUAUUCCUGUUCAGAGUGUCAAAAAUGCUUUAUAAAGAAAUCACAGCUUGUUCUACAUGAAGGAAUUCACACAGGGGAGAAGCUGUAUUCAUGUUUAGAAUGUGGAAAGUGCUUUACAAAUAAGUCAAAUCUCGAUAGACAUCAGAAAAGUCACACAGGAGAAAAGCCGUAUUCAUGUACUGAAUGUGGAAAGUGCUUUACAAAUAAAUUAGGUUGUGUUAUACAUGAGAGAAUUCACAGAGGGGAGAAGCCAUUCUACUGUUCUGAAUGUGGAAAAUGCUUUACAGAUAAAUCAAAUCUUGUUGCACAUAAAAAAUGUCACACAGGAGAGAAGCCAUAUUCAUGUUCAGAGUGUGGGAAAUGCUUUAUAAAGAAAUCAAGUCUUGUUGCACAUGGAAAACGCCACAAAGGAGAGAAGCCGUAUUCGUGUUCAGAAUGUGGAAAGUGCUUUACAAAUAAAUCAGCUCUUAAAACACAUGAGAAAAUUCACACAGGGGAGAAGCCAUAUUCAUGUUCAGAAUGUGAGAAAUGCUUCAGAGGGAAAGCAAGUCUUAUGAAACAUCAAAGUAUUCACACUGGAGAGAAGCCAUUUUCAUGUUCAGAAUGUGGGAAAUGUUUUACACAUCAAUUAAGUUGUGUUAUACAUGAGAGAAUUCACAGAGGGGAGAAGCCAUUCUCCUGUCCAGAAUGUGGGAAAUGCUUUACAGAUAAAUCUAAUCUUGUUGCACAUAGAAAAAGUCACCAAACCACAGAGGAGGAAAUCAAUAUUGAUUAUCAGAAUGUGAGAAAUGUUUUAUAGAUAAAAUGAUAUCUUGUUAAACAUCACAGAAGUCACACAGGAGAGAAGCCGCAUUAAUGCUCAGAAUGUGGAAAGUGCUUUACAGAUAAAUGAAGUCAGAAAGUUAACACAGCAGAGAAAUCGUAUUCGGGCUUAUAAUGUGUGAAGUUUUUUUUUAUUUUCUUUUACAGAAAAAACUGGUUUUGUUAUAUGGGAGGAGUAACACGAAUGAAGCCAUUAUGUACAGAAUGUGGGAAAUGUUAUUGGUAAAGCUUAACCAUUCGUUAUCAAAGAAUUCACAGAGAGAAGAAACAAUCUUCGUGUUUGGAAUUGUGGGAGAUGUUUAUAAGAGCAAAUGAAUAAAUAAAAAUAUAUAUUUUUUUUAAAUUGUCUGGGAUGAGAUUAACUCUGAUUUGCCAAACACCCAAAUUAACUUUAUCAGGGGUCACUGACUGGGAUCCAUGGGGGGGAUAA